AUGACGAACCCGACGACGGCCGCACCGGGAGUGUUGAUCUCGGAGGUGAGCGAAGACAUCGGGGAGCGAGGCAGAUCUUCCUCGGCGGCGAUCGUGACCAGCAGCAAAGUGGGGCAGGAAAACCCCUUGCCGGAGUCUCGAAUCACGUCGCCGACCGAGAGAACAAAAGAGGGGCGACUGCAGGUGGCUUUGGCAGUCGCGUUGACCGACAUGGAGGCGAAGCGGAGGGUGGCGGCGGCGUCGCGGAUCGCGGAAGGGGCUUCGGAAGUAACAGAGUUGGUGCUGCCGGCGUGGAGGACGAUGAAGAAGAAGCUGCCGAUAGACGAGGACAAGGAGGAAGGCGGCAACGUCCCUUUUUUGUGUGAGCGGCGGCGGAAAUAUCCCUCCCCUGAAACUUCACCGGGCCACUUCCAAGAAUCGAAACCUGGUUCGGGUAGGGUUUCUCAGUGGCUCAUGUUGGGCCAGCCGAAGCAGUGGAGAGGGACUGGACUUGACGCCGUGGGCUCGGAUGGAGCUGAGGGCCUUGUUGGGCCAAGGAGAGUGGAUUGUUUGUUGAAGAAAGUAAACCACAUUUUCGGUCAUGGACUAGGAAGGAAGGGAGAGAUCGUUGGGCUCUCUAUGACCCGAAAAGAGCAGCCUAGAGGCCUAAAGGUAGAAGCGAAAUAG